AGAAACUUUGCCAACUUCUCUGGGCUCAAGAUUCAUCCAAGACUGACUGGUGCAAAGUGGAAAAAUGUGCUCUGGUCUGACAAACCGACAUUUCAAAUAUUAUUGAGAAAUCAUGGACUUCCUGGCCAUUUCUUUUUUUUUAAAGGGACAGAUGAAGACCUGCAGCAGUGGGACCUGGGCUGGACUAGGACCUGUCCUGCUGCAGAGAGGACUUCAAACACUGAGGACUCUGGUGUUCUCUGUUUUCUCAGGAGAGAACCAGCUUCAGCCUGGACGCAGCAGCUGUGAGCUCUGUGGUGUUCCUGUGUGAAGUCAAACUGUCAAACUCAUCAUGACUGUUGAAAUGGAGCUCAGUACCAAUGAAGGCAACCAGGACCUGGAGCAGAUCUGGGAGAAGAUCCGCCCACUGCAAAGACUCAGUUGUCCGAUCCUGCAGGAUGUCGAGCCGUUCCUCAGACAGACACUCAGUGGCUCACCAGGGACCAGCGAUCGUGGAAGGAUUAAUGCAACGCUCCUGCAGGUGCUGGCCAGCAGCCGUCGCCUGGAGCAGAAGCUGGACCAGUGCAUUUGGACCCAGAAGGUUUUUAUUGUCCUGGUGAUCGGCUUGACCGCUUUGUGGGGCUUCACUCUGUACAUCCACUUCUCCACUGGAUAUUCUAAGUGGACCACGGCUAAAAACUAAAAACUGAUGCAGUUUGAAUGUUCUUCUGCUUGUGAGGCGUCUCAUAUCUUUAAAUGUAACCUGCUACGUAAACUCCUGGAGGUUUGACUGGAACAAUAAUAAAGUCAUCUUGUUCAUAAAUUCCAAAGUCUCUUUCAGUUUGACUUUCCAAACAUGCUCUGUAAUGGUUCUAUAAAUACCAUUGAAAUGAUGCGUUUCUUAGUGAAACCAGUAUUCCCCCACACAGACUGACUGGAAAGAAGAAGAUGUGUCUUGUUGCACUUCCUCUUCAGCUCCAUGUUAAUGUUCCUGCUGAUCACACUGUUGUUCAGACCUCUCUACCAUCAUGGACCAACGGAAACUCCUGCUGCUUCACCUGUGUCUGUGUUUUGACGUUAAAGGGACUCUUGUGAAAACCAUCAGCAGAGAGCCAGAUAUAACUCCAAUAUGUGCCGCUGCAACACUGAGCACCAUCGUGCUGAUUGUGUGUAAGAUCAGAACAGAGAGGAGCGGGGGAGAGGAGUGCCGGCUGCUCUAUCGGUACGGAGAGGACUUUGUGCACGAGUGUGACUCCAGGUACGCUCUUAUGGAAAAGAACCGGACUGUGUUUCUCAACCUGACCAGGUUAACACCUGAGGACACUGGGGACUACACCUGUGAGUGUUCACAUGCUCACGGAACAGAGACUCUCCAUCUCGUUAUCACCGUGGAAGGAGAAGAAGCAGCCGGCUCUUUCCCUGUGAGCCACGCUGUGAUUGGUCGAGCUGCUGCGGUCCUCAUCAUGACUGGAGUUCUCCUCGGGCUCAUCCUGAAAAAUGUUAUUGCAGGACAAAGAUGUUCCAGAUGACUCAAGCCUCCAGCAGCCAGAGAAUGAUCUCAGAAUAACUUCUGUUGCACUUUAAACACAACACGACGUCACAUUUGAAGCAGGAAAUAACGGAAAACUGAAAACUCAUGAAACAUGUCUUCAUGUAUAUAAGAAUUUUAAUUAAAUGUGUAUAUAUAAAGUGGCCAUGUUUACUGUUAUUAAUUUUUUUUAAUAUCGUGGGGGCGUCAAGAAGCCUUCAUGUGCACUUCCUCUGCAGAGGACCCCACAUCAGCACGUACCUCUGUGAGUACAUCACACUGUACACUGCCAGCAGCAGCUGCACUGUUGUACAAACGUGUUGACCACUAUGGGUAGAUGGAAACUGUGGUUUGUUCUGCUCCUGCAGGUCACGUUUCAUGUCUGCAGCAAAGGUAAUGUACAGAAACUACCUUUUUAUACUACUUCAGCUCUAAUAUUAUGUCUUAAUGCAUUAAUUUGUACUUCUUUAAUUGCAGGGAAUGGGGAGAUAGUUGUGAAAACAAUAGGUAAAGAACGAGAUGUCACGCCAAUAUGCACUAAUUCAACAGAGGGCAUCAUCGUGCUUAUAGUGUGCAAGAUUAGAAAAGAAAAGAGCGGGGAAGAGUGUCGUCUGCUGUAUCGAUAUGGAGAAGACUUUGAGCAUC